CUGCUAACCGGUAACCUUCAAGAAUAGAUAGACAUGCAAUUGUUACAAAUCCUUCUGAUAAUUUGUGGUAUCACCACCUUCAAGGCAUCCGCUGGGCCCACACGAAUGCCCCAAGUCAAAGAACCCCACUCUGGCCCAGCGGGUGUAUCGACCAGAAACCCCUUUGAAGUGCUUGGUCAAAUAAGCGACGAUUCUGAUCACGAUGGAGCUCACGGGGGUAAUCUUGCUUCCAAAAUGGAUGGACACAUCCCUUCCAAUCAAGAAGACGUGAUGGACCACAAACAUAUGAAGCCAAACGAUGUGGCAGCCGCUCAUCAACCCAUCAAAUCCAAUACACGCAAGAAUAGCGCCGGGCCAAGAUCCUCCAUUGGUAGUUCUUCUGUUGCUACAAUCUCCAAAGAAGAAUCGGAUGCAGAGGCUUGGGCGCGCUUAGGAAUAAGCUGUCUGCUGGGAUUGAAAGCUAUGGGUUUUAUAGCCAAAACUGCUAUUUUAAAUACUCCUCAUGUGGCAGAUUAUUUCUUCAGUAACCCAGUACAAGCAUACAAGAAUAUGGAUUCUGAUUAUUGGUCUAUGAUGGGAUUUUUCUUGGCUUUCAAAGUUUUAUUUGAUCCCCAUAGUUUCAUACAACUGAAACUCCCCGGAGGAAGAAAAACCAAAAUUGAGCUGUUAAAGUUGUACAUUAUGGCCUUGACUUUUCCCUAUCGCGGUUUUAUAUUCAACCCAAUCUCUCACGUAUUCAAGUCUACUUCCAAGGUUUUGGGGUUUUAAAUAGUUGUUAGCAACUUGUCAUUUCUGGCCCCUGGGUGCCAUUAAAUAUUUUAGAAUGUCGCAUAACAGAGAGCUUUCCAUUUUUCAUCACGAUCUGAGUCUUUCAUUGUGUUUUCAAUACAAAAUCUGAUCUCAUGAUUUUUUAUGAGUUGGUUGAAUUUUUG